AUGCAAUCAGGAUAUGACAUCAAUUACCUGGUUCGAGAAGCUCAAACUCGGUGGCUAAAGCCAGUUGAAGUGCAUCUCAUAAUACAGAAUUUUGAGGAGCACCAGCUCACACAUAAAAUUCCUCAAAAACCUGCCAGUGGAUCCCUUUUUCUGUUCAACAAACGCGCGCUAAAAUUUUUUCGUAAGGAUGGUCAUAGUUGGCGUAAGAGGAGGGAUCAGAGAACUAUUGCUGAAGCUCAUGAACGGCUUAAGGUAAGGAAUGUUGAAGCCAUAAACUGUUAUUACGCCCAUGGAGAGUGUGACAAUAACUUUCAAAGACGCAGCUAUUGGAUGUUGGAUCCGGCAUAUGAGCAUAUUGUUCUUGUUCACUACAGAGAUAUUAGCAAGGGGAAGGAGAAUAAUGGAUCAACACCUCAGUUCUCUACACUUUCAUCUUCUACCUUCAGUCCCAGUCCUUACUCAUUUGCAACUGACCAGCCAGAAUCUUCUUUUGUUAUCGACGAAUCUCGCGAAUUGUAUCACAAUGAAUCAAGUCCAAGCUCUGUGGAGAUUACCUCUGGCCAAGUCAUCGUGAAUAGUAGGAUAAACCUGUCCGAUAAUAAAUCGAGAACUGAUGAGGUCAGUAGCUCGUCACUUCCAGAUUUAGGUCAGGCGUUGAGAAGAAUCGAGCAGCAAUUGAGUUUAAAUGACGACGAGAUGAAAAAAUACGACACAAUCUUUAUCGAGAAUGAGGCGUCAAAUGAUCUGGAAAAUGUGCUGGGGAAUAAUGAAAACUCGUGCCGGCCACCAAAUGAUGUAGUUGACAUUUGGGAAGAGAUGCUACAUAGCUCAAAUGAUGUGCCUAAUGAUCAGUUGCAAGAACAAUUUGGAAGAUCAGAUGCUUCUUCUCUAUCUAUCAAAGAAGCAGAUUCCCUGCAAUAUCCUGCAUAUUCUCCUGGCCCCCAUGCUUACAGAAGCACUCCGGACUGCUACUCAUCGUUAUUCGAGCAAGACGUGUUGGGAAUUCCUCUUGAAAACAAUAUAAGUUUGACCAUUUCCCAAAAGCAGAAGUUUACUAUUCGUGAGAUAUCUCCAGAAUGGUGUUAUACCUCUGAGGGUGCUAAGAUCUUCAUUAUUGGGUCUUUCCUAUGCAACCCAUCAGAGUCUUCUUCGUGGGCCUGCGUGAUUGGAGACACUGAAGUGCCAGCUCAGGUGAUUCAGGAAGGAGUCUUAUGCUGCCAUGCCCCUCCUCACCUGCUCGGAAAAGUUCACAUCAGCGUGACUUGUGGAAAUCGGGAAUCCUGCAGUGAAGUCAGGGAGUUUGAAUAUCGCCCUAAAACAGAUGCUAAUAAAAGCUCGGAAGAACUCUUGUUGCUAGUGCGGUUCGUGCAGAUGCUACUACUAUCCAAUGCGUUCCAAAACGAUGAUGCUUUGGAAUCAAGAGUCGACCUAUUGGGGAAAUCGAGAAAUUCUGAGGACUUGUGGAGUCAUAUUAUUGAUGCUCUCUUAGUUGGCAGCACUUCAACAUCGAGCACUCUUGAUUGGCUCCUACAGGAACUUCUCAAGGACAAGCUGGAAAUGUGGCUUUCGUACAGGUUACAAACGAGUGCCAGAAAAGAAUGCUUUUUGUCCAAGAAAGAACAAGGUAUUAUACACAUGGUUGCUGGGUUGGGAUUUGAAUGGGCAUUGCAGCCUAUUCUUAAUGCUGGAGUGAGCGUUAAUUUUCGUGACAUUAAUGGAUGGACAGCUCUGCAUUGGGCUGCACGAUUCGGGAGGGAGAAAAUGGUUGCGGCUCUCAUAGCAUCGAGCGCCUCUGCCGGAGCCGUGACAGAUCCCAACUCACACGACCCCACCGGCAAAACUCCGGCAUCGAUCGCUGCCACCUGCGGCCACAAGGGACUCGCCGGAUACCUCUCGGAAAUCGCUCUCACCACCCACCUCUCAUCUCUCACCCUAGCCGAGACUGAACUCUCCAGAGGUUCGGCCGCCCUCGAAGCAGAGAGAACAGUCGACAGUCUUUCCAUGUCCGCGGGUCCCACUCCAAACGAGGACCUCAGGCACACCCUGGCCGCCGUUCGCAAUGCCGCCCAGGCCGCCGCCCGGAUACAGUCUGCAUUCAGAGCCCAUUCUUUCCAUACAAGUAGAGAGAGAGAGAGAAUGGAGUCCGACAAGAAAGUGAAGAUUAUUGAGAAAGCCAUAAGAAACCUAAUGGAGAAGGAGGAAGAAGAAGAUGCUGCUGCUAAAGGCAACACAUCGACUUCUCCAAAAGCCUUACAUGAAGACCAAGCUUCUGCUAAAGCCACCCGCCGCCGGCGAUUCCUCUCCGACCUACUCUCUGAUUUGGAAUCAAUGGAAGAAGAAAAAGACAAAGCCAACUCAGAGGAAAUUGGAAAUUCAGAAACAAUAAUGAAGGAGAUUAGAGUCAUAAAGAAGCAGAAUGUGACAACACAGUGGCUUUUGUCGGGGAUGAUUGUGCUCACGGUCGCCUGGCAGCUUUCGGAGGUGUCCCUCAUGCUCAAAAUCAAAGACGGCCUCACCAAUCCCUUCAAAUUCAUAGGAGGAUUCUUCAAAAGGAGUCGUCAUCUCAAUGAUAAUAAUAACAAUUUGCAGGAUAUGAUAAGAGACAUGUCAGAGAACCAAAACCGGGUAUUCGAGUCAACAUCCCUUCCUGGCCUCAAAAUUCCCCACUUGGAAUUCCCAGGUUUCGACUCAAGCGAUGAUGACGAGGGUGCGCAUUAG